ACACCCACACCAUUAAUUAUGUUGUUGGGGAACACCCACACCAUUCAUUAUGCUGUUGGGGAACACCCACACCAUUAAUUAUGUUGUUGGGGAACACCCACACCAUUCCAACACAGAAAAGCUGCUUUUUAACAUGUUUAAUUUAACAUUUUGGAAGGAAAACUAUUAAACUCUUACUGUCAUUAAUCAUAGGUCGUAGGACAGUUAGGUUUUUUUAAAAGAUAGUUCGACACACACACAUGGGGGAUACGCACAACACUAUCUUUUAUUGAUUUAUUUCUGUUUACCCAAAAAAAGGUUUUUAUGUAUUGCAACAACAAUACCAAUAUUACACAUCAAUACAGGGACAUUCAUGUGAAUACAAUGAACAAAAAUGAAAUAAUGGAACACCAGGCGACCAGGCAAUGAAACAUUAUUAACAGACAUUCAGAGACAUAGCUUCUAAUCAUUUUUUCCAACUUUUUAAGUUUCACACAUUUGAGGGAUUUAUAAAAUUGCAAUAGUUCAAUGAAAAAAAACUACAAAAUAAGGAUUUUAAAAAAUAUAUAUAUUUGGCAAAAAGAAUAAUAAUGUUAAUAAAAUAGUUAUGAUCAGAAUUACAAGGAUAAGCAUAAUGUCAUUUUGGAGAUUUUAUACACAACCAUUCAUGAAUUUCAAUCUAUAGUUUACUAGAAUGAUAGCAAAUAAAUGAAAUGAAAAAAAUGGGGGAAAAGAUUAAAUGAAAAAAAUAAAUGCUCUCUAGAUUCUGAAUCAGAAGAACAAAAAAUAAUGAGUUUUGUCAAAAUGUAAUCUUUUAUGCAAGAAAUCAUUAACAGGGUAGGUGGAAGUAUAUAUUUAAAAAUGAGUUUCUUUAACUUUUGGGAUAACUGGACAAGUAAGGUAAAAGGUAGUCACUUUUGAUCAUAGCAUGUGUUGAUCACUUCCGUAUUAAUAUAUUUCAUUAUAAUCACCAAAAAUGACUUCAUUAACUGCCAAUCGUAUCCACUUAUUGUUGCAUUUUUAUCCAAAAGAUUCAACUCAUGAAUUUGUAAACUUGGAAAAGGGGGAACAACCUCAUAAUAUAACCAAGUGUUUUUAAUAAGUCUAUUACAUUUUUCUUCCGUCGAAGGAGAGUCGGACCAAAAUGCAGCGUGGUUAGUUCGAUACAUCUUUAAUGAAGAAAAAAACACAAAUAAUACAAAAACAACAAACGGAAAUGUGAAAACCUAUACAGCCUAUCUGGUGACAACUAACACAGAGACAGGAACAAUCACCCACGAAACACUCAAAGAAUAUGGCUGCCUAAAUAUGGUUCCCAAUCAGAGACAACGAAAAUCACCUGCCUCUGAUUAAGAGCCGCCUCAGGCAACCAUAGACUUUCCUAGACAACCCUACUCAGCCACAAGCUCAAUACCCACUAAAACCCCAAUACAAAAACACACCACAAAAUAAACCCAUGUCACACCCUGGCCUGACCAAAUAAAUAAAGAAAACACAAAAUACUAAGACCAAGGCGUGACAAAGUCAAAGUAAAGGAAGUGGAAUUGCUUUGCAAACCUUAAUAUAUAUUUACCAAAAAUACAGAUCCCUUGUAACUUCUCAGACUCAAAAUACUGCUAGUAAAUCUGUGCCUAAAAUAAAUAAAAGAGGGGAGAUUGGACAACCCUGUCUAAUUCCUCUAGGAAUAGAGAAACAAGGGGAUGUGCCAUUACUCAUAGCCACAGAACUGCUAAUAUCAUUAUAUAUAAUAUAUUAUCACUUUACAGAAAUUCUCCCCAAACCCAAAAGAGUGUUCUAAAGCGUCAAAAGCCUAAAAAAUAAAUUAAAAAAACAAUAUAAAGCCGUCAACUUCUUUGAACUCACUGUAAUCUAAUAUCUAAAACUCCUUCCUUUAAUGAAGGCUGAUUGAGUUUCACUGAUUAUAUACAGUUGAAGUCAAAAGUUUACAUACACUUAGGUUGGAGUCAUUAAAACUCGUUAUUCAACCACUCCACAAAUUUCUUGUUAACAAACUAUAGUUUUGGCAAAACUUUUUUUCUUCCAACAAUUGUUUACAGACAGAUUAUUUCACUUAUAAUUGACUGUAUCAAAAUUCCAGUGGGUCAGAAGUUUACAUACACUAAUUUGACAGUGCCUUUAAACAGCUUGUAACAUGCCUGAAAAUGAUGUCAUGGCGUUAGAAGCUUCUGAUAGGCUUAUUGAUAUUAUUUGAGUCGAUUGGAGAUGUACCUGUGGAUGUAUUUCAAGGCCUACCUUCAAACUCAAUGCCUCUUACUUGGCAUCAUGGGAAAAUCAAAAGAAAUCAGCCAAAACCUCAGAAAAAUAUUUCUAGACCUCCACAAGUCUGGUUCAUCCUUGGGAGCAAUUUCACAGAUGAACGUGGUACACGUGGUACACGUUCAUCUGUACAAACAAUAGUAUGCAAGUAUAAACACCAUGGGACCACGCAGCCGUCAUACCGCUCAGGAAGGAGGCACAUUCUGUCUCCUAGAGAUGAACACACUUUGGUGUGUGCAAAAAGUGCAAAUCAAUCCCAGAACAACAGCAAAGGACAUUGUGAAGAUGCUGGAGGAAACAGGUACAAAAGUAUCUAUAUCCACAGUAAAAACUAGUCCUAUAUCGACAUAACCUGAAAGGCCGCUCAGCAAGGAAGAAGCCACUGCUCCAAAACUGCCAUAAAAAAAGCCACACUACGUUUUGCAACUGCACAUGGGGACAAAGAUCGUACUUUUUGGAGAAAUGUCCUCUGGUCUGAAAAAGUGUGUGCGAGCAAGGUGGCCUACAAACCUGACUCAGUUACACCAGCUCUGUUAGGAGGAAUGUGUCAAAAUUAAUCAAACUUAUUGUGGGAGACCCGAAACGUUUGAACAAAGUUAAUCAAUUUAAAGGCAAUGCUACCAAAUCCUAAUUGAGUGUAUGUAAACUUCUGACCCACUGGGAAUGUGAUGAAAGAAAUAAAAGCUGAAAUAAAUCAUUUUCUCUACUAUUAUUCUGAUAUUUCACAUUCUUAAAAUAAAGUGGUGAUCCUAACUGACCUAAGACAGGGAAUUUUUACUAGAAUUAAAUGUCAGGAAUUGUGAGUUUAAAUGUAUUUGGCUAAGGUGUAUGUAAACUUCCGACUUCAACUGUAUAUCAUCAAGGCCUUUUUUCAGCCUAUUGGCAUAGACAUGGGCUAGUAACUUAUAGUCAGUUGCCAACAACGUGAUUGGUCUCCAAUUGUCCAGGUAAAGAGAGCCCUUCAUUGGUUUGGGUAUAAUAACUAUUAGUUCUUGUCUCAAAGAAGAUGGUAAGAUAGCAUUAGCAAAACCCUCUUUGUAAACCGAAAGCAAUAACUAUCUAAUAUCAAGCCAAAAAUGUUGAUAGAAUUCAGGAGUCAGGCCAUCUGGUCCAGGAGAUUUACCUUUGGGCAUUUGUUUAAUGGCUUGGUCCAACUCAGUAAUAUAUAUCAGAAUCACUGCGUUUCUUAAACCUUACUUCUACAGGCCAACAUAGUUAUUAACUGAAUCAAAAAAGGAAUCUAAGUCGCUUUCUGAAAGAUGAGCUUGAUAUAGUGAACUGUAGAAAGAGUGUAUUUCCUUAUUAAUCACUUCAAGAUCAUCAGAUAUAGUGUAAUUUACAUACAUUGAUGUAAUACUAUUCCUAGUCUGCCUACUCUUCUCCAAAUUAAAGAAAUAAGAUGUGGGGGGGUUUCUCACCUGUUUCCAAUCGAUUUAGCCUUUGAACGGAUGAAGGUCCUGUGCCUUAUACAACACUCCUAUCAGUCUCUGUCCUUGAGCAAUGGGCGCUGACAGAUGAGUAGGUCCUCCUGGUAUUGAGCUGUUGCUGUCUCGUCCUCCCGUGGGGGGUUUGAACAAACAGUACGCGUCUCGGAGUCUGGCCCGUUAGAGAGCAGCGCUCCCCCUUUUCCACACCCCGCUCGCUGCACAGCCGCAGUCCACAGCAAUGCUCCUGUAAAGCCUCUGCCCCGCUUUCCCUGCUCUCCCUCUGUGCUUCAGUAAAGACCCAUCCACCCCCGGUGCAACAGUGCUGCAUCUUCCUCUGAUCGGGGCUCCGCACCUGCCGCCAUCGUUAUCAAUAGCCUAUAAUGGAAAUACAGCAAGGACGCACUUUUAUCUAGCCUUACGCCGCACCACGGAGUCCAGCAUCUACGGGUUGUGGCGAAGAAGAGGCUAUCGGGACCAUUUCCUCUUGUGGUGGGACAAUGAGUGACGCAUACAAAGCGUUGGUCACCUCCAGCUGGCUGACCCCUGACCCCACAGCCUGGUCCAGCAGCGGAGACGGAUUCACGGACAACGUCACCUACUCACCUUUGGACUCCUUUCCCCCGGUGCCCCCUCUCCUGGUCAACCCCUGGGACAUCUUGCUGUGCUCCUCAGGGACCCUCAUCGCCUGUGAGAAUGCCCUGGUGGUGCUGGUGAUCUGGCAGAACCCGUCUCUCCGAGCCCCCAUGUUCCUGCUGAUCGGCAGCCUGGCCCUGGCUGACCUCCUGGCUGGUCUGGGCCUGGUGCUCCACUUCACCUUGGCCUACCUGCUGAGGUCUGACUCAGCCCAGCUGCUGACUGUUGGUCUGGUGGUGGCCUCCUUCUCAGCCUCCGUCUUCAGCCUGCUGGCCAUCACCAUAGACCGUUACCUGUCACUCUACUACGCCCUGACCUACAACUCAGAGCGCACCGCCGCCUUCACCUACACCAUGCUGGUCCUCCUCUGGGGCCUGUCUCUCUGCCUGGGCCUACUUCCCAUCACGGGGGUGAACUGCCUGGCGGAGGAGUCGACAUGCAGCGUGGUGCGCCCGCUGACUAAGAACAACGUGGUGGUGCUGUCCGUAUCCUUCCUCCUGCUGUUCGGCCUCAUGCUGCAGCUGUACGUGCAGAUCUGUAAGAUCGUCAUGCACCACGCCCACCAGAUCGCCUUGCAGCAUCACUUCCUGUCCACCUCGCCCCACUACGUCACCACCAGGAAGGGCGUGUCCACACUGGCCAUCAUCCUGGGAACGUUCGCCGCCUGCUGGAUGCCCUUCACCGUCUACUCCCUCGUCGCCGACUACACGUACCCACCUCUCUACACCUACGCCACCCUGGUGCCCGCCACCUACAACUCAGUCAUCAACCCAGUGAUCUACGCCUUCAGGAACCAGGAGAUCCAGCAGGCUCUGUGGCUGGUCUGUUGUGGCUGUAUACCGGCCAGGGUGACCCACAGGGCACGGACCCCCAGCCACGUCUGACACAGACCCAGGCCCUGGGAGGGAAGGAGAGAGGUGCCCUGGGCAGAGGAAGGCAGGCAGGGCUCAUGCUGAGUCUACUGCAUGGCUCUGUGUCUCCAUGGCUGGGCUGUAUCCAGUGAAGGAUGGAGGCAGCAGCAGGAGAAGGGGAGUUGGAGGGAUAAGUAGAGGCAGAGACAUACAGUAUAUAUCUUUGAGUAUAGGGUGGAGGAUUUGGUACAAAAGUGUACUGUAUGCCUACUGUACCUCUGACCUUCUCUAUCUCGGUCUUCCCCGUUUAAAUAUAAAACAACAUCACAUGAUCUGACCGCUGCCACCAUAGGUGUACCAUCCCCCCUCCACACCUUCACCCCACCGUUGGGUUUACGUGCCACGAGGUGUUCUGCAGAUGACUGGGAAAGGAUGGUCGCAUGGCGCUGCAGCAAAUGUAGAUUACAUCGUUUUAGCCGCUUUUAAUGAUGCGCGCUUUUUUUCCUCCAUAAAAGGAUUGAGAGAUUAUUCUAGACUGUUUAAACUUGUCCCACAAGUUAAAAAGCUCGCGUGUGUGAAAAAAGGCAAUGUAUGUGUCCCAUGGACAGAGGGGGAGAGCGAGAGGAGUAGUGGAGGCAGUGAUGAGCAAAAGGGGGCGAUGAUCAAGAUGCAGACGUUUCCCUACAACGAAGCCGGGCUGCGGCUAGAGCAUCUCAUCUCGCUGCUGCACUCUGAACGUGCUUUGAAAGCUAAACAACCGCGAGAGGCUAAAAAUAGCCCCGGCGCUCUGUGAUCCGCGCGCCCUGCGUCCUCCGCAGACACCGAGUAAAGAAACCACGCCGAGGAGGAGGAGAGCGGGCGCUUAUCUUCCCUUCCAUCCAUCUUUCAAUCUCCAUCUCUCCCCAUUUCACGUGUGAGAAUGUAUUAUGAUGUUCUGUUUGCUCUACAUCCCGAGGUGACACCAGCCUCCAGAAGAUAAGUACCCUUAUUGCCCUACACCUUGCGCGUGCCAAAUGCCCUUAGAUUAUGAUUAGACCUAUGGGUUUGAUCUUUUUAUCUCCGUUUUAUCCAGUCGCUUCUUCAUUCAUAAACAGCCCAAUUCUCAUAACUAACUCAUUCUGUAUUUUAUGCGAGUUAAGUAGGCUGACUUUUCUUGAAAGUAGAGGAGAGUGAAAUGUUCCCUCUGCAGAUCAAGCAGACAGUUAGACCGGCUGGGAGCUGUUGAAACUGAAUGUAUUGUGGGAUCCUCGCUAUAUGAGCCAAGUUACAAUUACCACCAAGCAUGUUAACCAUAUUGGCACUAUGUGUGGGGUGUUUGCGUUUUACGCCAGAUACCCGGGUUUGCUUUCAGCUUCCUCUUUUUGGUACACUGUUGUCAGAAGUGGGAUGGCGGCCGUGGGGCCAUCGGACUACACAGCCCGAGGUGUAUGAAGCAUAGGACUUUAAUGAAUACAAUUUCCCUUGAUAUUGCAAACAGGUCUCAGACCAUUGUGUAUUAUUCUAUAUGUAAAUCCAAGAUACUCCAUUUUGUGUGAUAUGUUAUGAUUGGUUACAUAAGACAGCCUUAACUCAAGGACUGCAAGUUUGAUAUCAUCACUGACACCUUCAGCAUUUUAGCUAAUUGGCAACUUUUCAACUACUUACUACUUUUUAGCUCAUUUCCAACUACUUAGCAUGUUAGCUAACCCAUCACCUAAUCCUAACCAUAGCACUUUUAGUUAACCCUAACCUUAACCCUUUAACCUAACUCCUAAACUUAACCACUAUCCUAGCUAGAAUUAGGAACAUAUCAUACAUUUAGCAAAUUUGUGACAUAUUGUACAUUUGCAACUUCGUAACAUAUUGUACGUUUUCCAUCUUCGUAACAUAUUAUACGAAAUGGGGAUGGACAUCCACAAAGUAAUCGAGUGUUGAUUACCAAUCAUCUAUGUGAUAGACCAUGGUACAAUAAGUGUAUUUAUUUUAAAUGUUUUAAUCUUUGUAUAACAAGAAAGGAGGAGAGCAGUGACACGUCUUAUUCUUCCAGCUAUGGAUGUCUCCUGCCUCUUGGAUCCACUUCCUUACUGUGGCUGACAGAAGCCAGUCAACACCACCCCCUGAUUUAGAGCGGUUGGGAUAAAUACAGAAGACACCUUUCGGUUGAAGGAAUUCAGACUAGGUAUCACCUUCCCUUGACCAGCGGUGUGGACGUCAUGCUUGCUGCUUGCCUAGCGAGUACCAACAACUUCCUUCUGAUUCAGCUCAUAAUGAGGCUUGAACCCAGGACCUCUGCCUUGCUAGCACACGUGACUACCCUCCUUGACAACUGUUUGAGCUAUCGGAAAACAUCUAAGCCGAUAGCUCAAUUUCAAGAUAGCUGUGGAGUGAGCUGACGGGUACAUCCUUAAUACAUUCCCCCCUUCUAAACUCGCUUCAUAGCUAACAACCCGGCCUUGGAGCUGAGCCCAACUGCGGAUCACGGCACCACUGUUAUGGACCUCGUGCUGCUUGCCUAGCAAGUACCACUUCCUCCUGAUUCGGCUCACACCGGGGCGCAAACCCAAGACUUCUGCUUUGCUAGCACAUAUGACCGCCACCGUCUUUGACACCAUGCCAGCCAUUUGAGCUAUCAGAAUAUAUCUAAUUCGAUAGCACCAUCAGCGACAUUUCAAGCUAGCUGUGGAGUGAUCUUAUGGUUGUUCUUAAUGCUGUUACAGCAUCGCCCUUCACACAUUGCUUGUUGAUGAGGGUCAAUGGGCCCUAGGUCCUCAUUCUGCCCUGUCAUAUCAGCCAGCAGCAACAACUAAGUGUUAGUUACUUCAUGGACCAAUCGCAAUACUCUGUCAGCAAUAAGCAAUGAUGUGUAUAAGCCCUGGGUGACUAACAGGAGGUGUUGUAUUGAAGCCACCUCGCAGUCAUCUUGGUACUCCUCCAGUGUAAAACAUAUUUAGGAAGACAUAGAAAUGCAUUUAUUAAUGUCUACAUUAGUGUCUAAUAAGUUUAUUAUAUUACAGACACCUUCAUGCAUACUUUAAUAUAAACAUAAAAUAUUAAAAAAUCUUUAAAGUAUUUUUUUAUUACUCAUGUUACAGUCCCCUCUAUGACAAAACAAAUACUUAAAUGCAUGUAAUUUUGUCCUUGAAACAUGUAAUUGAAAGAAUUCUGUAGAAUUCCAUUAAUUUCUAUGGAGGACUGCUGCUACUGGGGAGGGCCAAUAUGGCCGACCGGUGGCUUCAAAGCCUCUCAAUGGCCAAUACAUAGCAUCCGCAAUCCAGGGUUUAUAAACAUCAUUGGCAAUAACAGCCUCUUCCCAGCAGCAUGACCACCUCCAGCAUGAUGAUAUACAAGGACAACGAACAACAGCCCUUAUCUACGAUGCCAAGCAGAGUCCUUAUACGACCAGGCCGAAAAGGACUCUGAACUUCCCCAAUACUUGUGCCGUGUGUGAUUUCUCCAAAUGGGAAAUUAGAUCUUGACUUGUGUGUUUUGUUUUUGAAAAUGUGAAUGGGACAGGAGACUGACUGCCACCGUCCAGUAUUCUGUCAUCACUCAUUACAAUGUCACUGCCUCCUUUGAUCUGAAUCUACUGCUGUAUUCUCUGGCUAUGGUCGUCUUCAAUAUCUUACACUGAAUGAAACCCGGACUCUGUGAGAAAAUAUCUCACCGGUUUUCAGUUGCAUCUGCCUUUGUGAACAUAUUAAGUGUCUGUGAUUAAGGAAAAUCUUUCUGUGCAUUUGAGUUGCAUGGCCUCUGAGUGUGUGCAUUUGAGUAUGAUGUGUGUGUGUGUGUUUGUGACCAGAAGCACAGACCUACUGUAUAGCUGUCUCCAUGGGGACAGUAGAUCUGAGGUUUUACUUUCUGCGUGACCUUUUCACCUCAGGGGAAAUGGCUGCCAUUAUUCCCAUCAUUCUGAGAGAAGUGGCCUCAUCACACACAUUCCACCAGAGGAAUGACGUAGAGAAGGAUAGUUCCUGAUAUGUUGAACUGAAUAGUGGAGGUAUGCAGCGGCUGACCCUGAGCAGUAGUGUGGCGUAAAGGCAAUGACGUCACGUGACUGAUGGAAUAAGAGCUCCUGUCAUAGAGCCUGGUAUCACAAGUUCUUGUGGCUCUUCACAGACCUACAAAGCCAAGAAGACAUGUCCUUUACCUUUGAUGAAUAAUCUAUUUUGUUAUAUUUAGUGAAAGUUUCUAUAUUUUUUUCUAGCGUUGACACGCCUGAAUUCUGAUUUAUCUAAAGUAUCUUGUAUUUUAAUGCGCUGUAGAGCCUCUUCUGAAUGUAUUGGUAAAUAUACAUUGUUCAUUUAAUGUGGCAGCCUGUUGACCAAUUAGAUUCUGUAGAUAUAGCAUCAUAUCUUUUUAUAGGGGUGUUAUGACAUCACGUAUGGUGCUACCUACGCCAGGGUCCAAGGGGGGCUCAGAUGCACCAAUUUUGAGUGACAUCACAUUUCACUCCCAAUUACUGUUUUCUAAAGCCUGUUUACAUUUCAAUCCCUAGCCCCUUCCCCCAAUCCCUCCCCCUUCUUUAGGCACAUCUGCAAAGUCUGGAGAGGUGAAAGCAGCAUGUCUUACACUUUACUUAGCCUAUUGGAGGGCUAGGUGGAGCUGUCGCAGUACUUUCACCUAUCAAAAAUCUUGAGGAUGUGCCGGACCAAUGAGCUAAGGGCUAGGGACAGAAAUGAAACCGUGCUUCCCUUAUUUUUUUAAUGUUCUCUCAUGUACAGUAAUGUCAAUCGUUCAAGGCUCUAGGUGAGCUUUCGUAGUUGGGAUAGGUGCAAACAAGGGCUUCACAUUCUUGAGUAGACAAAGAAACCACUGGUGUGUGGAUAUGGUACUUUACUGUUUGGAUAGCAUAUUUACUUCAUGUUCAAGUAUUGUGCAGUGUAAUCGCACAGAAAAGUGUCAUUUUGAUUGUACAGAGGAAUGAACUUUCAUGUGGUUGGAGGAGUUUCUAGUGUUACCGGUGGGGUUUCAAGAGCUGUAGGUGAAUUAUGUGGUUUGGUACUACGAUCCAGAGCUAAAUUACAAGUCUUUUAACUCCUCAAUGGCUGAGAAUGGGGAGGGAUGCUACAGUAACAGCAUCUUGUGUAGACUCAUGCGUUGUUUUAAAUGUGAAAUGCACUUUAUGUUGUUGGACAAAAAAAUGGCACAACAAAUUAAGUAUCUGCAAAAUGAAAACUAUAAAUGAUAAUCAACAUGCACUAACUGAGAUAUUGUAAGACGUGUGAACGUGGUGUGUAUUUUUUCAAGGUGUUAGAUGUACAUUUUUGUUGCUUUGGUUAGUUUACCGAAUUGAGAGAUGUUGUUCAUUUUGUAUUAAAAUAAUGUGCUGUGCAUUAAAAACACAAGCCUGU